AUCAAUUGACGGACUUAGACUUCGCUAAAGAGGUGGCUUAAAAAUCUACAAGUAAAUCCAUACAAAAUUGUCUUGUCAUGUAAACUUGGCUAAAACAAACAAUUUGCGAGUAGGAUUGAGAACAAGUUGCGUCCCCGUCAAACUCGGUCACUCAGAACUGUUUGAUUUCAGAACGCAAUUUCAACAAUGUCAAAGUAUUGGAUACAAUGUAUUGCAUUGAUUCUGUUGGUUCUACCAUUUCACUUUGUGGAGGCGGAAGGUAACGGCCAGGAGCCCAGCACUACUCUCUUAAACUUCUUGUCUGCCAUGAGUGGGAAAUAUUUGUACACAGAGCAGAUGAUUGGAAAUCAAAGUUACUCCAGGCCAAGUUCUCUGAUACUCCGACCAGUCUCUGUGCCCAUGUUUAAUAGAACAGGCACACUUUAUGCUGAGGAGUUUCUCAGUAAUGUGACAGUACGGAGAAGUUUGAUGGUGUCAGAAGUGAAUCGGAAGAACAACACAAUCUUCACUUACCCUUUCAACUUUACAGAGCAAGUAUCAAACCUAAAUGGCAGUUUCAACUUUUCAAUCUUGGACCAUCUUCUCUCUUCGGAUUUAGUCUACAGCCAUGUUUGUGAUAGAGUUGUGGCCCCAAGACGUAACAAAAGAGCUGUAUUUGAUUUUAUUUCUUGGCCAUUUUGUACUGCAACUUUAGAUAGCCCUCCCAUCUACACGGCAGUGCUGACGUGUAAGAACAUCACAGUCACCAUGCAUGACGUCAGUGUGGUCAGUUCCAUCCCUGAGUCUCAGAAAGUCAAGUUCAUACUACACAAAAGUGAGAGCUUUCCUUUACCCACUAGCAUGCUGGGGAACAGACAACAGUACGAGAACCCUUGUCUUUAAACAAUGACGAAUUGUUUAACUCAUAGCAACACUGUGCCAUAUUGUGCUGACUACAUGAUACAAAGAAUAUUAUUUGUUAAAAAAAAUGUCGCUUGUUAGAGUUUGUUUCUCUGUUAAUGUUGUAUUCUAAUUGUUACAGCUGUUAUAUUAAUUGUCCACUCUUAUUAUCAUAGCACGAAAACAAUUUAGGGUGAAUGAUUAUUAUAAGAUUAAUAAUGUAGUUAUAUAUAUUAUUGUAUAUAAUCGUAUAAUA